AUGAAUCAGCACCUAGAACGUUUUAUAUUCAUCAUCCACAAGCUGUCAUUGGAUCAAAGAGGGCGCGACAUGUCCUUCAUCGGCGAGGUGGCCAGGAAUCAAUUCGCUGACGGGAUAACCAACUGGGGUCGCAUCGCCAGCCUGUUGGCUUUCUGCGCUGUGGUAUCUGAACGCCUCAAGGCGAGGCAGCGGGAAUGCUGCGUGGAGCUGGUGGCCCAGGAGGUCUCAAACUUUCUGAUGUCACACCAGCGCACCUGGCUUGUGCAGCACAACGCAUGGGAUGGAUUUCUAGAAUUCUUCAAGGAAGAAGACCUAGAGUCUACAAUGAAGAAAUCCAUCUUAGCCUUUGUUGGUUUGGCCGGCGUGACUGCAGGAAUCAUCCAUCUGCUGAGAUGAACAUCAGCCAACUUUUAAAAUGCCGUUUUCUUUAUACACUGUUUUUAUUCAAAAUAGACUUAACCCCCAAAACUAUUCUACCCAUUCACUGUUCAAACACAUUUGUACAAAGAUAGCCAGAGAUGCCUCUUUUUUAAAUUCACAAAAAUAUUUUCUAAAAACUACUGUAAAGAAAACAAGACAA